ACGAACUAUUCCAGAGUUGACUGGAGUAACACUCACCGGAGAACUGCAGGCAGACGACACUUUGGAAAAUACUUCGGCGUUAGUUUUAUUCAAGGAAUUGAUUUACUACACAGAAUAAGACAUGUCUGACCAGAAACAAGGGAAAGAAAGGGAGAGAGGUGGAAAUAAAAAGGGUACAGGUAAUAAAAAAGAUAAAAAGGAGAAACCAACGGACAACUCUCCACCAGCUGAGCCCAAGCUGAAGGAGAUGAAGAGUGUGGAGGUCGUGGAGGGGAUGAAGACAUUCUUGAAGUGCGAGCUCGGAGCGGGGAACCCAUCCCCCAAAUUCAAGUGGUACAAGGAGGGGGUCGAUUUAGCCACCAUCAAGAACAAGCUCAAAGGCACCAAGUUAAAAAGAAAGAAAGAAGGGAAAGUCUCCGAGCUCCACUUCAAGAAAACCACUGAUGCACACGCUGGCUCCUACACAUGCGAAGCCAUCAACAACCUGGGAAAAACCAGCACCGUUGGUAACGUGACGCUCCUCCGCGCUGUCACCAGCACCACCCCUGCGGUGAAGACCUCCAGCCAUGUGACGGCCUGCAGCGACAACGAGAAGAACUACUGUGUGAACGGAGGGGAGUGCUUCACCCUGGAGGUCACCCCCGGCAGCACCAAGUUCCUCUGCAGGUGUCCAAAUGAAUUUACUGGUGAUCGCUGCCAAAACUACGUAAUGGCCAGUUUCUACAAACAUCUUGGGAUUGAAUUUAUGGAAGCAGAGGAGCUGUAUCAGAAACGUGUAUUAACAAUAACAGGAAUCUGCAUUGCACUCCUAGUGGUUGGAAUCAUGUGUGUGGUUGCCUACUGCAAAACAAAAAAGCAGAGGAAAAAGCUUCAUGAUCGUCUGAGGCAGAGCCUACGAAAUGAGAGAAACACCAUUAUGGCUAAUGGCCCUCAGAUUUCUAACCCUCCCCUUGAAAAUGUCCAGCUUGUCAAUCAAUUUGUGUCUAACAAUGCAUUGCCUGCGCAGCAUGUAAUCGAGAAGGAAACGGAAACAUCCUUCUCAACGAGCCUGUACACAUCAUCAGCACAUCAGUCCACAACGGUCACCCACACCUCCAGUCAAAGCUGGAGUAACGGCCACAGCGAGAGUGCCCUCUCCGACAGCCGCUCUGUCUUGGUGAAGUCAUCGGGAGAGAACAGCCGGCACGCCACGCCCAGCCACCGGGGUCGUCUGAACGCCACAGGUGGCGCCAGAGACCUGAGUGCCUACCUAAAGAACUCUGGAGACACGCCAGACUCCUACAGGGACUCUCCGUACAGUGAGAGGUAUGUGUCAGCGAUGACCACCCCAACCCGCCUGUCUCCUGUGGAGCUGCUCUCUCCCGUGACCCCGGGCUCCCCUCCCUCUGAGAUGUCGGCGCCCUUGUCCAGCCUGGCCACCUCGGUCCCUUCUGUGGCCGUCAGCCCCUCUGGCGAGGAGGAGCGCCCCCUGCUGUUCAUCACCCAGCCGCGCCCCGACCACCACAUCAGCCAGUCUAAGAGGAAGUCUGCCCACUACAACCACGGCCAUGAGGCCCACAGCCCCCCGCCCAGCCCGCUGAGGAUUGUUGAGGACGACGACUAUGAGACCACGCAGGAGUAUGAGGUGGUCGGCUCCGCCGUCACAGUAACGCCCAUUCCCCCGCAGAGCCUUCCUAAGAAACUUGCCAAGAACAGCAACAGCCGCCGGGCCAAUAGAACAAAGCCCAAUGGCCAUGCAGCAGGCCACAACAUGGAGUCCAUCGACCUAGGUAGCAGUACGGAGAGCGAGAUAGAGGAGGAGCGCGUGGGAGAGGACACGCCCUUCCUGAGUUUACAGAACCCCAUGGCUGUAAGUGUGGAACCUCUCGCAGAUGGCAGCAGGACUAACCUAGCACUCCGACUCUCCCCACAGGACAACCUGCAAGCCAGGUUAUCCAGCGUCAUCUCCAACCAAGAUCCAAUUGCUGUAUAAAAUGAAAAAGAUAGCUUAGAAAAUUACUUCAGUCGGAUUCAAAGAAAUGUCACUAUUAAACCUUUAUUUUCUAUAAAUUAAAGUAUUUGCGGGGAAAAUAAUAAAAAUAUAUAUAUAAAUAAAUAAAUAAACGUAUUUUAGCGAAGUAGUGAAUAAAGUCUUUUAUAAAUAAAAAAAAAUGUGUACGUGUUCAUGUCAUGGAAGAAAGUGGAAUAAACUAGAUGUAGCAAUGGUUCGCAGUAUUUCAAUAGAGAAAAAUAUCAAUGGUGCCUUUCAUUUCCGUUUGGUGUGCUUAUGGGAACUGCAUGCCUCUGGCCCAUAUAUUCACGACUUUCAUCUCCCUGUUGACAUUUCUACUCCACUCUGAAAACAAAAAUAUCCACCAGCACUAUAAUAUGCAUUUACUAUAAUGACCUGUAUGAACUAGUCACUGUAAGCUCCUGAAGCUCCAUACAGUGGCAUACUACUGCAGCUGUGGCAUUGCUUAUGUGUUCAUGGGCAUGUAGUUUUCACCUCAUUUACAGUAAUGCAGUCCUAACCUACUAACAGAGGUGCAUACAACAAAGUAUUUAGUGUUUAUCUAGCUAACACAACACCCAAAUAUUAUUAUACAGGUUUUCAAGAUUUUCCCACUCAAAUUUUGGUUGAUUUUAAAUGGUAAAAUAACAUUUGAAUUGAUUUUUUAAAUUUUUUUAUGUUAUGCUUUUCUUGGACCAUUAGCUAUCAUAAUAAUAUAUUGGUUACCAAGGCAAUCAGCUAGGAAGAAUGUUGAAUGUGUAAUCUGAUUAACUUGUAUCAAUACGUUGAUACUAGAAGCAUGAAUGAAGUCAAAGUUGAUUUGGAUAUUAUUUUCAGAUAAUUGGGUAACUGUUAGAUUUAGUCUCGGGACAUGUGAUACAUCCCAUUAUUGAAUGAAUGCUCUCUAUAUCUAUCCUCUCUAUAUAUUGCGUUCUAUAUAAUGGAACACAUUUUCUUCUAAAGCCAGAUGGUCAGAUGAGAAGUAAUUUAUGUAUUUAGUCAUCUCUGGUUAAGCAAUACUCUAAGAAUCUUGCUCUCAAUAUCAUGAUUUGCAAGUCCAAAUUGUGGAGAUAUGUACCAAAUGAAUGAUUGUGGAGAUAUGUACCAAAUGAAUGAUUGUGGAGAUAUGUACCAAAUGAAUGAUUGUGGAGAUAUGUACCAAAUGAAUGAUUUGUGGAGAUAUGUACUGAAUGAAUGAUUGAAUAUAUGGCUCACGUGUUCAGUCUUUCAACAACACACCUGUGGGUUCCUAAGUAAUGCAUUGUGGGGAUCAAAGCUGAAGCACCAUUUUGAAAUAAGGUAGAUAACGAGAGCCUUUUCAUUUUUUUCAACUGUGUUUUAGUACAUUAGUCAACUUCAGCUUUUUUUUGUCCUUCCAAACAUUCAUGUAAAAUGUUACAUUAUCCAAAGUGUUCCUUUUCUGUUCAUAUAGUGCAUAUUUGUUUUCAACUGUCUGACUUUGUGUUAGUACGUAAAGUUAUGUGUAAUAUUAUCGACAUUAUCGCCUAUUUUAUUAUAUAGUAAGUUAUAUCCCAAGGAUACGUUCAGGAGUCAUGCUAGACAUGAACCACAUGAAAUAUGGUUCCAUGAGAAGUUGUACCCUGUCGAAGACUGUCACCCAAUAAUUUAUCACUAGAAUGAAUAGGUAACUAGACACGUUUUCUUUACUACAUUAUCACUUUUCGGGCUUCAUAACCAAACCGUUAAGAUCCAGUGUUUCUGAAAGGUAAUAUCAUCAAAACAAUCUAGUCUAACGCCAAUCUGAUUGUUGCCAGCAUUGGCAUGACACUGGUAUAAAGGCUUUUUUUGGCCCUAAAUUAUACAGUUUCUAAUGAUGUCCCUAUCUGAAAUUUAUCAACUUUUUUUUGUAUUUAUAUUAUUUAUUUAUUUAUUGUUUAUUUAUUUUGUGGGCCUUAUGUUAUCUUUUAAUUACAGAUUCUAUAUUUUAAUCAUUGUUUUAUAUAUUUGGUUGGUAUAUAUUUGAAAAGAUCUGAACUUUUAUCUUUUAUAAGCAUUGUGUUUGCCUUUUAUAUAUUUUGACUUCAUUAUGGGGUCAAAUCUCUCUUUGCCUCUUAGCAUUGAUAACCGCUCUGUUAUUCAACAUAUAAAAAUAUUAAAAUCUAAAAAGGCACAAGUAUUUUGAGUGUACACUGAUUAGCUGUGUGGCUAGAAACCAGAACUAAAUCUCCCGUCAAUCUCGGCUUUACAUACCCCAUGAUGCAUUGCUUCCAAACCAAGGUGUGUCUUUCGAUUUUAUGUAAAUACACCAUGAAAACCUUGAGUACUUUUUUUUUUUUUAUUAAAAUAUUAAACCAAUGUUUUGUGUUUGUUUGAGGGCCAUCACCUCAAAGCAUUUGUCUCUGUCCUAAAUAUUUUCCAUAACCAUACAUAUUAUGCUAAACUUUUUUUUGUAGUGAUUGUCUCCAUACCAAUUGUUUCAUAAACAUGACUGCAGUUGUACGCGUAUGUAAGAGCAGCACACUAACUUGGUUGUUAAAAUA